AUGACCAACAGUGGAACAGAAAAUGGGCAAGGCUUUUCUCGGCUUGAAGACAACAAGACUGACGCUGGCAAAAUGAGUGUCGCAAGCUCUAGCGUCAUCGUGGUCGGUGGAGGUAUUGUCGGCGCCUCUAUAGCGUGGCAUCUCUCCUUCGAGGCAAAUGUCACCAUAGUUGCGGAGGACAUCGGAGGCGUCGCGACACCUAGCUCUUUCGCAUGGCUGAACGCUGCUUCAUCCGACGAAAAGUUCUACUUUGACUUUCGACUUCGAUCUCUUGAGCAUUGGAGAGAAAUUGAAAAGGCUGGUGGCACAACGAGUUGGGAUAAAUCACCUGAGAAACUCGAUGAAGAGCAGAAGAACCUCACGACGUGGGGAUACGAUGUUAUUCGUGUUGACAAAACAGAGAUAUCGAAGAGAGAGCCUCAUGUCGCGGAGCAUCUCCUACCGGAAUGGGGUCUUGGGUAUGGCGCUGAGGGAGCUCUCGAAGCUGAAGCAGCUGCUCAGCUAUUGAUCCACCACGCGAAAGAGAACGGCGCCAAGUCUCUCGAGACAACAGUCAAAGGUUUCUUGAAGACCGAUGGCCAUAUCAGUGGCAUCGUACUUUCUUCCGGCGAAACUCUCCCUGCAGACCAUGUCGUCGUGGCCGCCGGUCUAGGAAGCGUGAGCCUACUCGCGACAGAAAGUAUCAAGUUACCUCUCAAAAGUACAGAUGGCCUUCUCGUUAAUACAAAGCCCAUCUCAAAGGGACUGGUCAAGGGUGUUGUAAACGCUCCGGAACUCCACAUUCGCCAAACCCUCGACGGAGCCCUCCUCUUCGGUUCAAGCUACGCAGGCGGAGAUCUAGGCGACGAUCCCGAAAAGACAGCACGUGAACUCUUUGCCAAACUUCAAAACUCAGUUGUUGGCGGGGAUAAACUUGAAUACAGUCACUAUACCAUUGGGCAUAGAGUGUUACCAGAAGACGGUCUUCCGAUUCUUGGGGGCGUAGGCUUAGAUGGGCUGAGUGUUGCUGUGAUGCAUUCUGGAGUUACCAAUGGAGCUCUUGUCGGGAAAUUGCUAGCCAGGCAGAUCCUCACUGGGGAGACGGACCCUAUGCUGGAUAAUUUUCGAUUGUCACGUUUUGACUGA